CCCACUACUUGUCCUGUUUCAAACCAUCCAAGGAAGAAUCGCCCCACUACUUUCCCUGUUUUAGACCAGAAGAGAGAGAGAGAAAGAGAGAGAGAGAGAGAGAUGAAGACCAGUUUCAUCAUCUUCAUGACCAUCUCAAGCCUUGCUCUUUCAGCUCUAGUGACUUCACAAACAGACUCGUGCAGCUCCAAUCUGAACCUCAACGGUCUUGUCUCCUUCGACACAACAUCCCUUCACUGCCUCGCAGUUUGGGACGCUCAAGUUUUCAUCCUUAGAUACGCGCAGACGACGAAUGCCAGCGUAUGGAGCUUCGUCCUCUCUGCACCUGGAGACGUGAACUCGUACGUGGCAAUAGGGUUCUCGAGCGACGGUGGAAUGGUGGGGUCGAGCGCGGUCGUCGGAUGGAUCUCCGACGGCGCCGGAGUUAUCAAACAGUAUUACCUCGGCGGAACAUCGUCGAACCGCGUGGAGCCCGACCAAGGGAACUUAAUAUUCGUCCAAAACUCGCCUUCGAUAGUGUCUCAGUCAAACCGUCAGUACUUGGCGUUCCAGUUGGAGACGAGCCAGCCGGCGACGAGGCUUUUGUACUCGGUGGGACCCAGCGGGUUUCUGCCGGUGGCGCCCGAAUACCGGUUGGUGGAGCACCGGAACAAGGUCUCCACCUCUAUAAAUUAUUUUACCGGUCAAAGCGCAUCACAGAAAAAACCACAUGAAAGACUUAGGAAAAGCCAUGGAUUACUGAACACGCUAGGAUGGGGAAUCCUAAUGGUAAUUGGAUCGAUAGUUGCUCGUUACUGCAGGCAGUGGGAUCCUCUUUGGUUCUACGUUCAUAUGGGCAUUCAGUCAUUCGGGUUUUUGCUCGGAGUAAUCGGAGUCUUGUGCGGAUUUCUCUUGGAAAAUCGUAUCGACGCUGAUGUCUCUACCCACAAAGGUCUCGGCAUCUUCAUUCUUGUGCUCGGCUGCCUCCAGGCGAUGGCUCUUUUGGCGCGGCCAAAUACAACGUCUAAAAUUCGGAAGUACUGGAAUUGGUACCAUUACGGCGUGGGGAGGACUCUACUUGUUUUUGCAAUAGCAAAUGUUUUCUAUGGAAUCCAUUUGGGUGAUGGCGGGACGGGAUGGACUGCUGGUUAUGCUGUUGUUCUCUGCAUCUUGUUUGUUACUUCUGCUGUUUUAGAGUAUAGAAUGUGGGUUAGAAACUAAGGUCAUUUUUUCUUCUUUACUACUUUACUACAUUUCUGUGUGGUAUGUGUUAAAUUUGGUUUCUAUAAUUGGAUUUUUUUUU